AUGGCCGCCCGUGCAAUUCAGCGCAUCUUUGUUGGAAAUCUUCCAUGGACCGUUGGCCAUCAGGAGUUGCGGCACUACUUCUCUGAGUUUGGCAACGUCGCCUCAGCUUAUGUGGUUUUCGACAAGAACACUGGCAUGAGCCGUGGCUACGGUUUUGUCUCUUUCGGCAACCAGAACGCAUUUGCCAACGCUAUCAACAAACAGAACCACCUGCUCGAGGGUAACAACCUGACUGUCAACCCUGCGCAGCAAACUCCGUAG